UCUUGGAGUUAACAAACUGAAUAUCCGGAGAAGCAGGAACACAUUUACCCAGAUCUGGACUGGUGGAGGAAGCUGAGGAAGCACGUAGAAAGCUGAUGGGAAAUUGACUUUAAGUCGUAAAGACGUAGUCUGCAACAGGUUUCUCGUGUUCAGGGGGCAGACUGCUGGUUUGUUGUAGAAAAUAAAAAGAAAGAGACAACGAUAAGAGCUGAAGCAUCAAGCUGCCAGCACAUUUUCUCUCAGUGAGACAGAAACAGUCAGUGAUGUCGAAGCUGGUUUGCUCUCUGCUUCUCCUUUGCUCUCUCCCAGCAGUGGUUCCCCUCUUCUGUUACACCUGUGUGUUUCCCGCCAUCUCACCUCUGGACUGCAUCAGAUUUCCUCUCAAGUGUCCGCCCGAACAGGUCUGCUUAUCCAGCAGAGCUGUGGGUGAGAAAGGAGACUUCCUUGUGGUGUUGUAUGAGAAGAGCUGUGUCCUGCCCUCCCUGUGUGGAGCCAAGGGAGAGAAACACACCAUGGGACUCAACUUCACCUUCACCAAUGAAUGCUGCAACACACACCUGUGCAACGGAGCCGAGGCACCUGCGACCCGCUACUGGACUGGCACAAUACUCACACUUCUCAUUUCAUACUCAGUUUGGUGAAUAGAAAAACAUGUGGCAGAGAACUAGCUUAACACAUGAAGGGGCGUUGCCUUUUUCUGAAGGGACCCCUUUUGAGUAAAAACAAUGACUCCUGUCCUGACACAUGUUAAGUGAUGUAUUAUAUUGAUAUUUCAUAUUGUAAUCAAUACAUAAUAGCACACAAUAACAGUGCAGAACAACUGUAUAGUCAAACCAAAGUAUGAAUGCAAUAACUGCAGAAAAUCUGUGUAAAAUGAGCGAUUUCGAUGACAUUUUAACAGAUUAUUUCCUGUGAAUGUUUCAUCAAAUGAGUUUUCCUGUUAUUUUAAAAGGAACUUGUAAUCUUAUUCUAUUUUAUUUAACAAUCAAACAAACGUAAACGUUUUUUUUUUUUAAAGAACUUGCUGACGCCCAGGUUGUAACCCCCUGCUCUAAAGGACUGCAUUGAACAUAACUUCCUUUGAAUAAAUAUGCACUAAUCUUAACCGAGGUAUGCCUGUGAAAUGAAAAA